UGUGGAAAAAGACGGAUUACCACAUUUGAAGAUUAUGAAAUGAAUGAACGAAUGAAGAAGUUGCUAUUCAGAUCAGCCAUUAUUAAUUGAAAUGUGUUCCAUCACUGCAAUCGGAAUAAGAUAUUCUAUUAAUCACAAAUAUAAUAUACAGGGUACUCCAUUCCAUUACAUUCCAAAAUUGAUAGUGUUUUGUAAUUAUUGUAGUUGUAGUCAGUCACGGCAACCUUUGAAAUUAUAUAAAAAAUUACUAUUUUUGCCGAUUUGUCAAAAACGAGUUGACUAAAAUAUAGAGUGUUACAUCAUUGCAAUCGGAAUAAGAUGUUCAAUUAAAUACAUAUUUAAUAUAGAGGGUGUUCUAUUUAAAAAAAUAUGUCAGAAAAUUGACUUUGCCACUUUGUUUUGUUUUUUGGCUUACGUUGAUAUCGCUAAAAAUAAACAAGUCGCAGCCAACUAAAAUUUUACCAAGAUAAAUUGCACGAUUUUGUCGUUGGAUUUAUUUGAAUUAUCGUGUAAAACAAUCGCUUUACAUACGGGGAGAAAGCCGAUGUGCAAAAAAAACUGCUCCUAUCGCUCACGAGUCUAAACGUUUGCUCGCAGACUACGGAAUCUCAGUUAACCCGUAAUCGACGGUCCGCGAUCGUCCCCGGUCGUACAAAAGAAAAAUCGUACGUCUUCCGGAUCCGGACGAAAUGAAGCGGAAACACGCACAACAUCAGUGCGGCGGAGGCGGCAGUAACGGUAAAAAAUCUCCGUCGACUUGGCCCAUUUACGGAUCGGUCGGAAUGUUGGCUGUCGCGUGUUAUCUGAACGGGAUAGGGGGCGACUUUGUUCAUGACGACAUUCCCGCGGUCACCCUUAACAAGGACGUGCUGGCGAUAAACCCGCUGCGGAAUGUGUUCGUGAAUGACUUUUGGGGAACUCCUAUGGCGGACGAGAACAGUCACAAAUCCUACAGGCCGCUGACCGUGCUUACGUUCAGGGCCAACUACUUGUGUUUCGGCCUUACGCCAGUGGCGUUUCAUCUGACGAACGUCGCACUGCAUUCGAUAGCGUCCGUUCUAUUCACGAAGGUCUGCCUCUGCGUGGGUGGAUUGAAACCCCAAUUUGCCACGUUGGCCGGACUACUGUUUAGCGUCCAUCCCGUGCACACCGAAGCGGUAACGGGAAUCGUUGGGCGCGCAGACGUGUUGGCAUGCGUGUUCUUUCUCCUAUCCAUCCUCGCCUACCAUGGGUACGCCACUGAUGGAAAACACCACGUUUGGCUGAGCGUGACCAUGGGCGGGCUCAGCAUGCUCGCCAAAGAGACGGGAGUCACGGUUCUACUACUGAACCUCGCCUACGACUUUUACCUCAAUUGGCCGUAUAUCAAAAGGACAAUAAGCGACGUAAGAUGGAAUCGUCAGACGUUGCGUUUCAGCAAGCGGGCGGCGAAAGUUUUCACAUCGACGGGCGUGUUACUGGCUCUGAGAUUGGCAAUUUUACAAGGUUCCUUGCCGAGAUUUAGCGAGCAAGACAACCCGGCCGCCUUCCACGCGUCGAUUUAUGUCAGAUUCCUGACGUUUUGCUAUUUGGCGGCUUUCAACUGGUGGCUGCUGCUAUGCCCAGCCACUCUCUCCCACGACUGGCAAAUGGGAUCCGUACCAUUGGUGACGUCCAUCAGCGAUACCAGAAAUCUAGCGACGUGCUUCUUUUUCGGUUUGCUCAUGCUGCUCGUCGUAAAGAGCGUAUGCGAUUUUGAGACUUUGAAGCAACCGACGCUAGUGCUGGGAGUACUGCUACUAAUUCUCCCGUUUUUGCCAGCGUCCAAUCUCCUCCUGACCGUAGGUUUCGUAGUUGCCGAAAGAGUAUUGUAUAUACCGAGCUUAGGUUGUAUCCUGCUGAUCGUGCACGGCAUCCAGAUAACCUGGAACGCGUCCAUUAAACACCGUCAAACUAUCGUGUGCUUUAUUACUUUGCUGCUAGUUAGCAGCUGUUUAAGGACGGUUAUCAGGAACAAAGACUGGAAAUCCAGGGAAUCCCUGUUAAGGGCCGGCCUGCAAACGAUACCUCACAACGCCAAAAUGCACUACAACUACGCCAAUUUUUUGAGGGACUCCUCCAGACACGAACUGGCGAAGUCACACUACUACAUGUCCCUCAAGUUGUGGCCGACGUAUGCGAGCGCACACAACAACCUAGGCACGAUUUUGAGAAAUCGAAAUGAGGCCGAGAAACACUUUCUGGCAGCUAUCAAAUAUUCCUCUAAUCACGUAAACGCGCAUUACAACUUGGGACAAUUGUACAGAAAAAAUAACAAAUCACUGGAAUCGGAAAAGAUGUUGAAAAGGUGCAUCGAUUUGGAACCGAAUUUCGCGCCGGCCUAUUUAGAACUGGCUCGGUUGCGGGGUCCGCACGACAGGACCGUAUCGACUUUAUUGAAGAAAGUGAUCACUCUCAACCCGACCAAUCCGUACUACCCUGCGAAAUUCGCGCAAUGGUUGUCGCACAAGGGAAAUUGCAAAGAGGCGCUUAAAUUUUACUGGCUCUCGCUGAGGAUGUCCGCCACUCAGAGGGACUCGUUGAUCGGCGUGCUCAGGAUACUCAGGAAAUUCGGUCAAAAAGCCAGACAUUUCCAGUUACUCACGCGCUGGCACCUUCUGCUGAGGAAAAAGGGCAACAGCCUGAGACCUGACUUUUAUCUGCAAGAGUGGCGUUUAAAAAGCGAGCUAAGUUUCAAAAUAAAAAUCUACUCUACGACGUUGCACAACAAAAACUCCUCCGAUUUCGAGCAGCAGCGACGAGAGAAAACCGACAAACCGAACAAGUGGAGCGCUUUAAAAAAUAAGACCGCUCACGGCGACAAGAGCUACAAAGGAAAAGACGCGAGAAAAGAUCGGAAACACUCGACAACCUCCGAUCACAAUACGGAAACAUUGGAGUUUUCGAAAUUCGCGUUGCUAACCUAUUGUUAGGUAUACCUUUUCUGUUAGAGUGUUUUGUUUUAUUUAGAGAAAGCAUGGUUGUUCACGCUAUAAUGGCAAAGAAUUAUGACAUGUGAUAAGUUGCCCCAGAAGUCGUAACAUAUAAAAAGGUUUUUUUUCUUUAUUGUAAUGUAGGGCUUUUGGACUCUACGAGAUCUGUAAAUUUGAUGAAGCCAAGUAAAAAUGUUGAUGAGCCGUUUAGCCUUGAGGUAGAAAAUCGAAUCCAAAAAUCUUCUCAUCCCCUAUUCAUUGAUUGAGAUGAUUGAGGUUGAAGGCCUUCUUCCGCUUCGUGGUUUAUCUUCAAUCUUUUGAAAAUGCCUUAAAACACCGAACAACCUGGGCAAAACACUAUCUCCGAUUCUGCUAUUCUGGAGCAAAAACUCAAUACAAUAGAAACAUAGAAAAAACACAAUAGAAAAAACGGUUUUGACUCCAGACUGAAGACGAAUCACAUGUGCCCCAUUUUCCUAACCCGGUGCCACCAGACAAAAUGCGAGUUACAUAUUUGAAUUUAGAGACUUCGUAUGAUCAAAUACAUUAUGUCAUAUGCCGGUUUGUACCAAGUACAAAGUGCUAUCUUCUUUAUUAUAAGAAAUAAUAAGUCGUUCAAAGUAGCUGAUCAAGAUGGCGAAUGCAGAAAAGUAAUUUAAUAUAAUAUUUCGAAUGUGUACUUUUAAUUCUCAACUCACGUGUGACCGUUUUUGAAACACCUGUACAUUUUUCGAUAUUUCAUCGGAGGCACGUAAAGCUGGGUAUUUCUACUACUUGCGCGAUUUUACAGGAUAUUCAAAAACGAUUUUUGCGUCGUUGACUGGCAUUGAUUUAUUAUCAUUUAUUUACUCAGUCAUUUUUUAGCUUCAUUUUCAUUCCUUUUUCUAGUACUUCUCGAUAUAAUUUUGCUAAUGUUUUCUAAGUGUCUUCUACCGCAAAACUUCCCACUCUAACGAACUAAACUUUAACAAUUCGCUAAAAUAGUAAUGCCACAGCAUCAUAAGGAAUUAAAAGAUAAAUCAGGGCCACCGAAAAGAUAUUUUUAGUAUAGGGUGGCUUUGUUGCAAUGGAGAUAAAAAAUUUGACACGCUGCUACACAUUCUCUUGAAUAUCCCAACACGUCUCGAAUAUUUGAAACAUUAUUUAAAACAAGGUUUUUGGCACUUUUGGGGCAUUUUGUAUUUAUGUAUAUGCAAAAAGUCCUUCUCUAAAGAACUGUAGAAUAUUCCUUGUCAUGUAGUAUGCAUAACCCUGUAUAUUUCUCAAAUAGGGUUCACUACCCACCACUAACCAAAAUUAAUGAUUAUAUUAUUAAAUGUUUUAUUGACAAUAGUUGCCUGUAAAUUUCGGUAAACUAGCCCUUUUUUAUCUAUCGAAAAAAUUAUUUUUAGUAAAGUUUCUACCGAGCGGUCCAUUUAUUAUGGGACGACAAUUUAUCUCACAACCUGGAAAAAUAUCAGUAAAACCUAAAGAAAAAAAUUUGAUCUGAUUUACUUGUAUAAAUAUAUUAUUACGUUGUUACGCAUACACCGUAUGUUCUUAUUUUCUUAGAAAAAUUGCAAAUUUGUUAUUUUCAAUAGAGCACCCUGUAUAUCUUGCCAUUUUUUUAUAGUGCUUUCGGGGUCUUUCCUGAAGGUGACUUAAAUAUUUUAGAAUGGGGAUUGGAGUUGAUAACGAAAUAAAGAAUCUAACAUUACAAAAUUCACUGAAAAAUUCAUUGAAAGUCAUUCAAAGAAUACAAUAAUUUUUAUCAAAAAAAUAUCCGGAUGGACAAAAACCUACAUGAAACAUUGUUAAGAAAAGAAACAUUAAAAAAAUAAACUUUUCUUUUAAUUUGUUUUAUUACUGUCAUUAUUAUAUUGUCCAUUAUUUAAUAUUAUUUUCAUAGAAUAGGAUUUUGUGGACUUCAGAUCAUUUCAGUUUGUAUGAAAAUAACAAUAAAAUAUAUAAAACUGGAAAACGAACCAAAACAACGACAUAAUAGGCAAUGUUACACAAAUUCGCCAUUUUUAAAUGGAUAAAAUUAUAUAAAGAAAUCAAAAAAAUAUUUUCUUUUUUCUAUUACAUUUUUAAUAUUAAUUUUUGGGCUGUACUUAUUUAAUAUACCUUUUGUUUAUAAUUGCUGAGUUGUUACUUACGAAAAUACAAACAUUCUGUAAUAACAACGUACCACAAGUAUAAGUGAGUUCAAACAACUUUUGCUCUCUAAGUCUUUUUGAUAUUUUUUAAAGGUUCUGAGAUAAUUUAAUUUUAACCAAGCCAGAAAACGAGGACGACAAACUUGUUAUACAGGGUGAUGAUAAUUGUUUGGAACCAAUGAACUAUACGUAGCGAGAAGUAAGCGAGCUGACAUAAUUUACUCUAUUAAUCAGUAUUAAUUUUCAAAUAGGCUUGUACAUACGUGCUCAAAACUUAUACUGUAUAUAAUGUGGAUAUAUAUAUAUAUAUAUAUAUAUAUAUAUAUAGUAUUCAAAUGUUACGGUGUGUUUGUUAUUCGGAGGCCAACAUUAGUUUAUACAAGUGCGCAAACGAAACGUCGCCCGAAUUAAGGCUAAAAUGUGAUGGUUCCUUUUAGAUUGGCGACUACUACACGCACCUUUAAGUAACUUAGAAAUUGCUAACGUGUAAGACGAGAUGAGUUUUUGGCCUGCAUUUUAAGUUAGCAAGUAAUAUUCGCCAAUGGAAACGAGCCUAUAUACGGUGAGACGCAACUUUAACGCUGAGCACCGACUUAUAUACAGGGUGACCCGUCUAAAACGUAACGGAAUGCAUAACUUUAGGAUUUUUUACCAUUUUCAAAUAACGAUUCGUUUGGUAUACAAUUUUCUGGAUGACAAAGUGAAUUACUUCACUUCAUCACGUCAAAUACAAAAGUUGUUAAAAAAAAUAUUUGCAAGAUAGUUUUUUAUAUAUACAAGACUCACCCGCAGAUAAAAGUUAUACAUUUUUUAUUGGAACGCCCUGUAUACGCUGCACAUUUCUUGUAUAAUAUAUCUUAUACACAAAUUAAAUAGCUUUUGAGAUACAUGCGCUUUUAAAAUAAAAGCAACAUUCAAAAAUAAAAUUUUCUAGAAGUUUUUAUUAAACCAAAUAACAGGGCCAGAGAACUACGUGUAAUUAACCCUCAAAACAAAAAACUUUUCAUGGAAUCUAUGAAAAAAAAAGUUUUCUAAUUCGUUCUGAAGAAAAUUUACAUAACCGUUACCGUUUAAAGUAAAGUCGAAGAAAUGAGGAACUUUUAUCCUGUUUUUUUAAAAAACAACACCACACACACGUUAACAAACGUUUCCAAAAUUAAUCGUCUUUAUUUUUUGCCAAGAAGAUAACCAAAGAGGGUUUGGACAAAAAACCUCGAAAACUCCCGUGGGGCCCCAAACCUUCUAGGAGGUGCUCCGCCCCGAAAGUGGGGCCACGAUGCUUCUAGGGUGUGCACGCUUCGGGUGCUCCUUUCCUUGUGGGGUCCGUUGUACGAAGUUCGGACAAACAUAAUCUCAAAAAACACACCUUUCUUUUUUUUUAGCUACCGAGGACCGAAACCGGGAUCCCUCCAUUUUUGAACGUCGACUUUACCACCGAGCUAAUGAGCAUAAAUUUUUAAUUUUCAAGGCUGUUUUUAUGUUAAAAGCGCAUAUAUCUUUAAAAUCAUUGGAUUUGAGUAUAGGAUAUAUUAUACAAGAAAUGUGCAGAAUUUUAAGGGGAUUUUAUUGAGCUUAAUACUGUAAAAAAUAUAUAACUUUUAUAUGUGGGUGAUUUUUAUAUUAAAAUAUAAAAUAAAACUUGUAUGAGUGAGUGACUAAAAAUAUUCUAGAGCACAAGAUAUGGCAAAUUAAAGACCCUUAAAUUUAAGAUCGCCAAACCGGAGUUCUGAUGGUCAAAUGUGAAACUUUGAGAAAUACUUGGACCCGUUUAGUUUAGCUAAAGUGGUUUCUAUAUUUCGAAUUGGAAAAUGCCACCUUGACAAACUAAUUCCAUUACCCUUUUAAAAACAAAACUUCAUAUGAACAUACAUCCCAAACUUCUUACCUUUUGAGAUACAGGGAGAUAAAGAUUUCAAAAAUAAAAUGCAUUGACAUUAAAUUAGAAAACACCCUACAUAUUAUAAUUAUAAAUUAUAACUUCAAUACCAUACUUACACCAUGGUCGAGCAAAAUGGGGCGGAGCACCAUCCUGUUGAAACCAAAUCUGCCAGUCAGGCUGAUUUAAAUUUUGAAUUUUGAUAUUAUUUUAUCGAAGAGAAAUUUUGAAAAAUGGCGUCCUAUUUAAAAAGGGAAUUUGGCAAGGGGAUUAAAUUUUGAACCGCCCUAUAUAUUUUUGUUUACUGCAAUAAAAUGCGCAAUAAAAAAUUAUGACGGGCAGCAGCGAGCAUUUUCUUAAAAUCCAUUAUACAGUCGAAACUCGAUACAGCGAAAUUGAAGGGACUGCUUUUUUUUCGUUAAAAGAGUUAUCGGCACUUAAAAAUAACAAUACGCAUAUACCGUCUGCAAUAUUUAAUUAUUUUAUAUACAUAUUUUAAUAUCUACUUAAGAACAUUUUAUAUAAAUAUUUAACAACUACAUUUAAUGUUUCAAAUAAUCGGUCUCUUUUGUUUAAUUUUUUUUAGUAUGCCAAUACGCAUCUCAUACUUUGGCUUGUAUUUUCACCAUUUCUUCGAGGGGGGCAUCUUCCCCAUGAUACAUUAAAAAUUUCUCUAGCAGCUUAACUGAAUAUUGUUGAAUGAUUAACUUCUUGAUCUUCUUGUUCCUCUUGGUGCUCCUCUCACCUUUUCUUGCUUGUUGUAAUAUGGCUUCCUCUGUCAAGUCUGCUAUUGUACGCAAUUCCUGAUCUAUCACCAUAAACUCUUGCAACUCCUCACUUAUAAACCUAAUUGUUGUUUGAAACUGUUUUAUCCACUCGCUUAGUGGCUGAUCAUAUUCCAAGUCCUGUUCUCAUUCUGUCUCGGUAAUUGUUUCUGCUGUCACCUCUUUCCAAGCUUUACUAAUAAAGUCGACUGCAUCUAGCAUAUUAAUCAUCUCCAUUAAAAUGUUUUUCCUGUAUUGGCUCUUAAGACUUUUUCGAUCGGCUGUAAUACACUUAUUGUUUUGGCUAGAAGAAAUGCCAAUUCAAUAUUCCGUAGAUUUGGAAUAUGGGGAUGCGCAGGGCAGUUAUCCAAAAGAAUAAUAUUUUCCUCCCAUUUAAUUCUGCAUUUAAGUGGCCAGAAAAUACUUAAUGUGCUUAAAACAUCGUGGGUUAGUUAAUUUUCCAAUUACGACUAGAAUUCUUUUUUCCCUGAAACUCAUAUUGGCAGCUACUAACACUGUUAUACGUUCUUUAGACAGUUUUCAACCCACACACUUUUCGCUUCGAAAUUUAAGAGUUUUAUCUGGCGUCAUUUUGUAAAAAAUACCAGCUUCGUAAGCAUUGCUGUUGGAACCACUACAACAUUGACCGAUCCACACCUUCAAAUUUUGACUUUCUUAGUUUUUUACUAGAACUACCUGCCGCUUCAGCCUGAAUGAUUUUUUUUGCACUUCCAAAUCGUGGAUACAGUCACUUUAUAGAGAGUGAGAAAUUCGUUAUACAGAGUGGAUUAAUACAUAGCUUUGUUGGGAGACCUAAUAGUACAACAAAUUUUGUUCGGAAUACAGAGUUUUACGAUCGACAGGGUUUCGCUAUAGGGAGUUUUCACUGUAUUAUUUAAAAGGAUUUUCAUAUUAAUAUCGGGACAACCUGUAUAGAUAAAAUAUGAGAUAAUCCGAUUCAAUAAUAUCAACACUUAAGUUUGAUAUUGGUAUGCUUUCCUAUGCGCUUACGAUAGGCCACCAUGUAUAUAAAUAAGCAUACAUUGUUUGAAAAUACAUUUUGAUAUACAACGUUAAGGCUUUUUAUUUACUAAUAAUAAAACAAGUGUAUUUACUAAAUAAAAGUUUGAAAGUAUUUUUGAUAACAUUUAGACCGUGUGUAAAGUUUUCUAUAAGGUUAAGUUGUAGUCGAGCAGUUUGGAACACAAAAUCACGCGAGUGUAUAGAUAAGCAGAAUUUCAUAUUUCAAGAUAAUUUUUGAACAUGAUCUCAAAGCGAUUUUUUCUUUUAUAUGUGUAAGCAAAUUUUCAA